AUGCCACGAAGCUUUUCGAAAGCCCUACGUCCUAAAAUUGCCAUAGUUAUCCUUUUUAUAAUAGUUGAGUCUCUGCUCAUUCUAACAGACAAGCCUACAGCGGUGUACUUUCCAGGUCACUAUAGUGGUCAAGCAGACGUUACCGCAGUGAAUUGGUCUCGCUUUGCCUACACACAAUAUGUCACCAACACAGCCUACCUCUGCAACUCAGUCAUGCUGUUUGAAACGCUACAUCGAUUGAACAGCAAGCCUGACCGAGUCAUGAUGUACCCCUCGGAAUUUUCUCUAGAUGAGAACAGCGCUGAGCCGGAGAGUCGACUACUGCGAAAGGCGCGAGAUGAAUAUAAUGUGAAACUGGUACCUAUCAAGGUUCGGAGUCGACCCAAUGGGGAUGACACAUGGGCGGAGAGUUUUACUAAACUCCUCGCCUUCAACCAGACUCAAUAUCAUCGAGUGCUCAGUUUAGACUCGGACUCGACUAUACUGCAGAGCCUGGAUGAAUUGUUCUUCAUGCCGCCAUGCCCGUUGGGAUUACCUCGAGCCUACUGGCUUGACCCUGAUGAACGCGUGCAAAGCUCCCAGUUAUUACUAAUUCGACCUUCCCAUUUUGAGUUCGGUCGCAUAACAACUGCUAUUAACAAUGCAAGUCGUACCGAAUAUGACAUGGAAAUCGUGAACACCCUCUAUAAGGACAGUGCACUCAUUAUCCCUCAUCGUCCAUGGACGAUUCUGACAGGGGAGUUCCGUGGUGAGAUUCACACUAAAUAUUUGGGCAAUGACCAAGAAGUCUGGAAUCCAGAUGAAGUCCUCGGCGAGGCUAAAUUUCUACAUUUUUCUGACUGGCCCGUCCCUAAGCCCUGGAUCAAAGCUCCUCAAGAAAUCAUAGAGCAAGAACAGCCUCGCUGUCGAUUCAAUGCGACAAGUGGGCAUAAAGACGACUGUCGCGAUCGCGAUUAUUGGUUGGGCUUUUAUGCCGAUUUCGCUAAACGACGAGCAGCAGAAUAA